CGGCUGCCGCCCUAGGGUUCGAGAUCACGUCGUCGAGAUCUCUUCCGUCGAACACGCGACCGCCUCUUACGACAGACGGGCGGCCGUUUCAAGUCUCAAAUCGAAAGAGCCGGAGAAGCGCAAGAACCAAAGCGAACACCGGCGGAAUCAAGAGAAGACAAGAGGCAAUCGGAGCCGCUCGGUAUGGGUUUUGCGCAGCUCGUCAUCGGACCUGCUGGAAGCGGCAAGUCGACCUACUGUUCUAGUUUAUACGAACAUUGCGUGGCUGCGAGAAGGACUAUUCAUAUAGUGAACUUGGACCCAGCGGCUGAACAGUUCAACUAUCCUGUCGCUAUGGAUAUUAGAGAGCUCAUAUCUUUGGAUGAUGUUACGGAGGAACUUGGCUUGGGCCCUAAUGGAGGGCUUCUCUACUGCAUGGAACACUUUGAAGAUAACUUAGAUGAUUGGUUGGCAGAUGAGCUUGAGAACUAUUUGGAUGAUGACUAUCUUAUUUUUGACUGUCCAGGUCAGAUUGAACUCUUUUCCCAUGUCCCUGCUUUAAAGAACUUUGUGGAACAUCUAAAGCGUAAGAAUUUCAAUGUUUGUGCUGUAUACUUGCUUGAUUCACAGUUCAUGACUGAUGUGACAAAGUAUAUAAGUGGUUGUCUUGCGUCUCUUUCUGCUAUGGUUCAACUUGAACUACCUCAUGUCAACAUUCUUUCAAAGAUGGACUUGGUGCCAAACAAAAAGGAUGUUAAUGAUUAUUUAAAUCCUGAAGCAUCAGUUCUACUGUCUGAAUUGAAUCAGCAUAUGGCUCCUCAAUUUGCAAAGCUAAACAAGGCUUUGGCAGAACUGAUUGAUGAUUUCAGCAUGGUUAACUUCAUACCCCUUGACUUGAGGAAGGAUAGCAGUAUUGCAUACGUGUUAUCGUAUAUUGACAAUUGCAUCCAGUUCGGUGAAGACGCAGAAGUGAAGAUUAGAGAUUUUGAUCCUGAGGAAGAUGUAUAAAUUCCAUUUCUUCGCCUAAGAAAGUUAAAGAGUGUUGCUGGAUGAGGAUCUGAACUGGGAGUCUAGGAAGAGGCUUAAAGAAUGGGACCAAUUGAAUCCUAAUUAUCUGUGGGCUAAGUUUGCUCGCGUGUAUUAGUUUUGCUAAGCUAGUCUUGAUCAUUCGACCAUAUGAACUAAGAUCUAUCACUUUUACUAAUUCUUUUUCUGUCUUUUGUCCAUAUUAGCUGCAAUGAAAACAUUUAUAGUAUUGACUAA